AUGCCGUCGCUGGAGCAGGCGCUGGGGGAGGCGGGGGAGCUGGGGCGGUGGCAGCGUCGGGCGCUGGCCCUGCUGGGGCUGACGGGGGUCCCGUUCGCCUUCCUGUUCGUCAGCGUGGUGUUCCUGGGCCCGCGGCCCGAGCGGACCUGGUGCCGGGGCCCGUGGGCCGCCCGCCUCGCCCGCCGCUGCGCCUGGAGCCCCGCCGACGAGUGGCAGCGCGCCCUGCCCGGCCCCGCCGCCGGGGAGCCCCCCGACGCCCGCUGCCGCCGCUACCUGCUGGACCGGGCGGCCCCGGACAAUGCCACCGCCGCCGACCCCUGCCAAGACCCCCUGGCCGCCUUCCCCAACCGCUCGGCCCUGCCCGUCGGGCCCUGCCGCGGCGGCUGGACCUACGUCCAGAACCACUCUUCCAUCGUCAGCCAGUUCCAUCUUGUGUGCUUCAAUGCCUGGUUGUUAGACUUCACACAAGCCAUCUUGAAUCUGGGGUUUCUGGUUGGCGCUUUUACUCUAGGCUACGCAGCAGAUAGGUAUGGCAGAAUAAUCGUUUAUCUAAUAUCCUGCUUUGGUGUUGGAGUAAGUGGUUUGGUUGUGGCAUUUGCACCAAACUUUACCGUGUUUGUGGUCUUCCGCUUCAUACAAGGUGUAUUUGGAAAGGGAACAUGGAUGACAAGCUACGUGAUUGUGAUGGAAAUAGUUGGUUCCAAACAGAGGAGGAUUGUGGGAAUCGUGAUUCAGAUGUUCUUCACCCUUGGGGUCAUAAUUCUUCCUGGGAUUGCUUACCUGAUUCCCAAGUGGCAAGGAAUCCAGCUGGUCAUAACCCUGCCCAACUUCCUCUUCCUCCUCUAUUACUGGGUGAUUCCCGAGUCUCCCCGAUGGCUGAUUACGCGGAAAAAAGGAGAAGAGGCACUGAAAAUCCUGCGGGACGUUGCAAAAUACAAUGGGAGGUAUCUGUCGCCAUCCUACUCCGAGAUAACAGUCACGGAUGAGGAGGUCACCAAUCCCUCCUUUCUUGACCUGGUGAGGACUCCACAAAUGAGGAAGUGCACGCUGAUUCUGAUGUUUGCUUGGUUCACAAGCGCCGUGGUGUAUCAGGGACUGGUCAUGCGCCUGGGAAUCAUAGGAGGAAACCUCUACCUGGACUUCUUCAUCUCGGGAGUUGUGGAACUGCCAGCAGCGUUCCUGAUUUUGUUGACAAUUGAGCGGUUUGGCCGGCGCCCUCCCUUCGCUCUGAGCAAUUUGGUAGCGGGAGUCGCGUGCCUUGUUACUGUAUUCUUGCCAGAAGGGCCGCCGUGGCUGAGAACUUUAGUAGCCACUCUAGGAAGGCUGGGAAUCACCAUGGCCUUCGAAAUCGUGUAUUUGGUGAACUCCGAAUUGUAUCCUACUACACUGAGAAACUUUGGAGUUUCGCUGUGUUCGGGGUUGUGUGAUUUUGGGGGUAUCAUAGCCCCGUUUCUGCUUUUCCGGUUAGCAGCCCUUUGGCUAGAACUCCCUCUAAUCAUCUUUGGGAUUCUUGCAUUGCUAUGUGGAGGCCUGGUCAUGCUUUUACCAGAAACAAAGGGAAUUGCUUUACCGGAGACAGUCGAAGAUGUAGAAAAGCUUUCCAGUCCCUUCCAGUGUGGCAAGAAAAAGCGGAGUCAAGUUACGAGCUCCCACGACUGAUCCAGCGCCAAAGACCGAGGGAAGAUGGCUGCAUGUGAAGUCACCUCAGCCGGCCUCCUUGGGACCUGCUUUCCAGACAUCUGAAAGGCAGAGCUUACGGAGACACGGCCCACCUGCCGCCUCAAGCAGUUCCAAGUAUUUUUAGACACUCAAAAUAUCCUAUGCCUUUUUCAUCACUCGGGCACGGAGAUGCUUAAUAAGAGCGAACCACCGCGGGCAAAGGAUUUAGGGAAAAGCCACUUCCCCCGGCAGCUCCAUCUGAGCCGGCGAAUGCUUUCUGGGGUUCGGACAGUCGACUCAGUCAUGGUGUCUUGAUCUGGUCGAAUUUCGGAAGCUCUUCCUAUCGAGGGACUGCUGCGACGAUUUGGGUGGGAAGGCAAGAAAUGGAUUGUCUUUGAAGUGAAAGGAAUUAGCAGGAAAAUUAGGAGAGGAGCAGAUGCGGCGAUCGUGAAAAAGCCACUCGGCUUCCUAAGC